CCAAUACAAGCCUUUACAUCUAUGUUUAAAGAGAAUUUAUCUAUGGACGCUCUUUGGUAGUGGGCGUGGUUAUUUCAAAUGGGCGUUCCGUGAAGUAGCGGCACGGGUCCGCGUUUGCGUUUUGUGUUCGCGGUUUGCGGUCUCGUGGAUCAGAAAACAUGAGGGCUAAAACUAAAAAGAGCGCCGUGUGGGAUCAUUUCGUCCUUGAAAAGGAUAUGGUCCGAUGCAACAUGUGCGACACAUUGUUAAAGUAUUGCGGUGGCACCAGUACGAUGAAGUAUCACCUCGACAACAGACAUAGGAACAUGGGCCUGCGGUCCAAAAAGGCUUCUUGGCGGAGGGCUGUGUCUGCUGGGGAGAUAACACACAAGCAAACGCUUCCCCUCAUUUCUAGUUUAACCGAUGAACAGAAACACCAGUUCUGUGCCUUGCUGGGUGAUGUUGAUCUGACUCUUCUCUACAAAGCUUCUGUUCAUGGAUAUCAAGCUUCAACCUUCCACCAGCUCUGUGACCGUCAGGGUCCAACUUUACUUGUAGCCUACAACAAAUCUGGCUUCAUGUUUGGAGGAUAUACAAGUGUAGAAUAUGCUCAAAGUGAGCAGUACAUUGCUGAUGAGGAGGCUUUUCUGUUCAACUUUCAAGGCAAGAUUCCCGUCUGUAUCAAAGUAAACAGUGGCCAUCACGCGCGUCUCGAUGACUCCGGAGGGCCCAGCUUUGGUCAGCAGCUGAACUUUUGCUACGACAACAAACCACUUGUUUGUAAUCAAGAAGGCUAUUCAUACAAUUUUAGUACUGAGACUUUGUAUGGAAACGACACUGAGCUUUGUGAAUGUGAGGUUUAUAAAGUGAAAAAAUUCUCUCUGGUCAGUUUUGGAGAGAAACAGUGGAGGAACAUGCUGUGGACAACUAGACGAAGAGGAGAGCUUGUGGAAUUGAUCAAGAACUAUAAACCCCUGGAUGCCUCAGUGAAACGGGUUCGAAUCCUAAUGAUCGGUCCCGUAGGUGCUGGAAAAUCCAGUUUUUUUAACUCCAUCAACUCCAUCUUCACCGGUCAUGUGACCAACAAAGCCAUGGCAGGAUCUUCAAGCACCAGUCUCACCACACAGUUUCGGACAUACCAAGUGAAAGAUGGUCGUGAGGGAAAGCCGCUACCAUUUGUGUUGUGUGACACUAUGGGACUUGAGGAGCAGGCGGGUGCAGGUCUGGAUAUCGAAGACAUCGGCAGCAUUCUCCAAGGUCUCAUUCCAGACCGAUACACGUUUAAUCCGGUUGCACCGUAUCGACUGAAUGAGCAAACGUUCUCCAGAUCUACAUCUCUGGAGCAGAAGAUCCACUGUGUGAUGUAUGUGAUAGAUGCCACCAAAAUCUCUCUCAUGUCCAGCAAACUGGAGGAAAAACUCGCUGUUUUACGCAGAAAGCUAAAUUUACUACCUGUUCCUCAGAUCGUCUUGAUGACUAAAGUAGACGAAGCGUGUCCUCUGGUGGAGGAGGAUCUUGAAAAGGUUUACAUCAGUUCCUACAUUAAGACAAAGGUACAGGAGGUCAGCUCUCGGCUGGGUGUUCCUGUGUCUUGUGUGUUACCCGUGAAGAACUACAGUCAGGAGCUGGAGCUUUUCCUCAGCUGUGAUGUUCUGCUUCUCACUGCUCUACAGCAGAUGCUGCGCUUUGCAGACGACUACUUUGAUGAUAUUUCUCCAAUGCAGAGCAACUCUUAAUAAAGACUGAUGAUAGUUUUUUACAUUUUAGUUCGGAAUAUUUAUAUCAGUUUUUGUAAAGACUGGCAAUAAAAUAUUUCUACUUUA